AUGAUCACAAGCACAAUUGAAAUAGCCGCGCCGCCUGCCAAAGUGCGCGAGAUUCUACUGAAUUUCUCAGCAUACCCGGAAUGGCAUACAGAAUGGCUCAAGGGGAUCGAGGUCAAGGACAGCACCAAAACCCCGCAAGAACUUUCCUCAGGAGACAAAAUCGAAGUCAACAUUGAGAACUUUAAAUUCGUUGCUGAAGUCAAGGAGAACACCGAGAGCUUGUUUUCUUGGCAAGGCCCGCCCGUGUUUACCAUUGCUGGAUUGCAUAAAUUCCAUAUCGAGCCGGCCAAUAAUGGUGCUUCGACUGUUUUCACACAGACCGAGGAUCUGAAAGGCCUUCUUGCCUUCAUUAUGAGUCCUUCCCUGCUUGGGAAGAAAAUGCGUGCCCAUUUCGAUAUUUUCCACAGGGAUCUUAAGGCCCGCGCUGAGUUGGCGUGA